UGAGGCUGUAGGUCACUUCCUGAAUCAGGGUUAGCUUGCUGCUCUGUUUGAUAGUAGCAUGUAGAUGAGAGCCGGAGACUCAAAGCAGCCUGCUGGAGGUGACUUUCCCGAGAAGCGGACCCAAAAGGUGAACUUUCGGUGACAGUUUGCCUCGACGACAUGGAUUACUGGAGUGCCUUGGAGGUGUAUAAGGAGAUGUUGCUGCUGUACCUGGAGGAGGGCCGGCAGCAGGUCAACUCGCACUGCUCGCACCUGGAGCCGUGGCAGAUCAUCGGAGCGACCUUCCUCACCACACUGGGAGUAGUCUGGGUCAAAGGCUUCCUCUUCCAGCAAGAAAGUCUCGCGUCGAGAAUCAAGAAGCAGUGCUUUCGACUCAUCAGAAAAAUACCCUUCGUUGGCGCGGCAAUUCAGAGCCAGCUGAACAAGGCUUUGGACGACAUGUCUGCUAGUUUGUGUACUCUAAAAGAAGGCAUGAGUUACACUAAAGAGCUGCCCUCUAAAGGCCUCUCCCAGAGCCAAGUAAUGGAAAAAAUCAAAGAGUACGAGACCCUGAAUGAGGUGAAGUGGGAGAAAGGCUGUGUUUCGGGUGCAGUGUACUGGUGUGAUGAAACACUGACUAAGCUCCUGGUGAAGGUGUAUGGAGAGUUUGCCUGGAGCAACCCACUUCACCCAGACAUCUUUCCUGGUGUAAGAAAGAUGGAAGCAGAGGUUGUUAGAAUGACGUGCACACUGUUCCACGGUGGACACAACUCCUGUGGGACAGUGACGUCAGGAGGAACUGAGAGCAUUCUGAUGGCCUGCAAAGCAUACAGAGACAUGGCGCAUGAACGAGGCGUCAAAUACCCUGAAAUUCUUGCACCUGUGAGCGUCCACGCAGCUUUUGACAAAGCAGCACAUUACUUUGGGAUGAAGCUUGUUCACAUUCCCCUGGACAAGAAAACAAUGAAAGUAGAUGUGAAGGCCAUGAGGAGAGCCAUCAGCAAGAACACAGCCAUGCUUGUGUGCUCAGCUCCUCAGUUUCCUCAUGGAAUCAUGGAUCCUGUUGAGGAAGUCGCCAAGCUGGCUGUACGCUACAACAUCCCGCUGCAUGUGGAUGCCUGUCUGGGUGGUUUUCUCAUAGUCUUCAUGGAAAAGGCUGGUUACCCACUGGCACGGUUCGACUUCAGGGUAAAAGGUGUUACCAGCAUCUCUGCAGACACCCACAAGUAUGGCUACGCCCCCAAAGGUUCCUCCGUGAUCCUCUACAGUGAUAAAAAGUACCGUCAGUACCAGUACUUUGUAGCACCAGACUGGCAGGGAGGAAUCUACGCGUCACCCUCUGUAGCGGGUUCCAGACCGGGAGGAAUCAUCGCCGCCUGCUGGGCGACCAUGAUGCACAUGGGAGAGAACGGAUACGUCGAUACCACCAGGAAGAUCGUCAGCACGGCGCGCAAGAUCAAAACAGAAAUCAACAAGAUAAAAGGAGUGUUUGUGUUUGGGGAUCCAGAGGUGUCAGUCGUGGCAAUUGGCUCUGAUGUUUUUGAUAUUUUCCUUCUAUCUAAUGCACUGACGUCAAAGGGCUGGAAUCUGAACACACUACAGUUUCCAUCCAGCAUCCACAUUUGUUGCACGGUUUUGCACACUCAGCCAGGAGUUGCUGAUCACUUCAUUCGCGAUGUCAAAGAGCAGGUCGCCAUUAUCAUGAAGAACCCCAAAGAGAAAACCACAGGAAUGGGAGCGAUCUACGGCAUGGCCCAGUCCAUCCCAGACAGAUCCAUGGUGACGGAGAUCUCCCGAGGUUUCCUGGACUGUCUCUACAGCACUGAAGUGAAGCCAAGCACCAACCACAUGAACGGCAACGGCAAAGCCCACUGAAACUGGAGUUGGCUCUCCAAGCCCGACCCCACCACACGCAGGGAAACACGCUCCUCGCCUACCAGAACUGAGCUAUGCGCUCAAAGGUUGCCUUAUAUUGCAUCCAUACAUCAUACGGAAAACAUCUGCAAAGAACUUUGAAGCACAAGCCACGGUCAUUUUAAUCAGAAACCGCUUGUAGCUCUGCACCGAAAGGGAACAGAGCAGAAAUGACUGGGUCCAAACAAGUUUUAGUCUUUUAAUUGUGUUCUAAGUGUGUUUUAGUUUUAAAAAUCCAUUUCAAUUUUAGUUUUUAAUACGUGUCUGUCAUGAUUUCUAGCAAUUGCAUAGCAAGACCAUUCAGUUCUUUUUGAUGCCAGAACAGUUCAGCUCGUUGCCAUCGCUGCUUCACUCAGUGAUGACUCAGCAAACACAGGAACCACUGAAAACUUAUUAGAACCGCUGUGCUGCCCUCUAGCAUGAAAGCUGGCGUACUGCUCCAGACCAGCCAUGCUGUUAUCUCUUUCAUGUAGCAGUUCUCUUUGUUUCAUGUAAAAGCACUGCAAGAACAUAUCAGGUUAAUCUGUAAAUCACUUGAAGCUGCAGAUCUGAUGAUAUGGCAGAAGUUUGGACGUGUUUGGCUUAUUAGCACUUCAUUUUGUUUUAAUCUGCAUUUGUGAUCCACCUACAAGAGUUGAAUUGUUAGACAGUGGGAGAAUGAUUUGAAUAAUGGGAGCUUUUAAUGUCAAUAAUGUUUAAUGAAACUGCUUUUAAAUUUAAAUAAGGGAGAACAAGGGCAUUAGUAUUUUGGAAGUGGAAUCCAAAGCUUAUCAGCCAGUUUGAUUGUAUCACUGAUUGUGGUUAUUUUUUCAGAAUUAGGAAAGACUUCUGCACAGUAGCUGACUUGUCUAGUAGACUAGACUGUCAUGUCUUUAAAGCCCCAGUUGACUCUAAUAUUAUCCAGUUGCAGGAUCUCAAUAACUCCUCUGUAGUCUGCACAGUCAUCUGUUUGUGUAACACCUUGUUGUCAUAAUUUGUCUCCUAACUCAAUCUACCUCAGUUUUCACUCAAUACAAAUUCAUUCAGCCACUGAAACACAUUCUGUUUCCCAUUUCUCACAUCCCAAACUUCAGUGUUGACAAACUAUAACAAAGUGUUCUUAAAUACGCAGACGCCGACAGGAAAUAGAUCCACUGUGAUUAAGGUUUUUGAUCCACAGACUGACAGAUUAGAUAGCUGUUUUUCUGUUGUUGUUAUUGGGAGAAACCCACUGUCUGCCGUGUCUGAAUGUGGAUCUACUGUAUUUUAUCCAUUCAGCAGGAUAUGUACACAUUUACUAACAGGUUGAUAACUUAACAAUGCAUACUGUAACACCAAAAGGACCUUGUUCUCUUGAUUUCAUGUGCUUUCCUAAUAUUGUUGAAAUUAUGUCCAUGUUUGUGCAAUAUGUAACUUUUCCUUUUAUGAAGUGAAACAGAGGGGAAUGCUCUGCUAUUACUGUUCAAGAGAUUGAUUAGGAGCAUCAUACUGAAUGACAGCUUACCAGCAUUUAUUAGUGUAAUCUGAGCAUUUGUGUGACCACUGGGUGUUCAUUAAUCGCUUCAUUGUUGAGUCUUUUUGUGAGUGUUUUCAGCAGUUGUGUUUUUACAUACUGAAAAGUUUUAAAGAGAUUAGACAUGAAUGUAUUUAGGUUCUUACACGUACAAGGAUUUUCCCAUCUUUUAGUCCGUGCCUGGUUAAAAGACUGAUGAAACUAAUGAUUCAAGAUCAAACCAUCAUCGGUGUCCAUCCUGAAAUAUUUUGCCCCAGUCACAAGUUUGGGAAACUCAUGCCUGUGCAACAAAAAAGACUUUUUCAGUUCAUCCUGUUUGCUUUGAGGAAACAUCCUCAAAACAUUUGAUGAUUGAAUGGCCAAGAGAUCUAUUUUGAAUAAAGACUUUUCUUGUAAAUUC